UUUUUGUAGAAUAGUAUGUCAAUAUCUGCGGGUGCCCUGAGAUUUGAUUGUCAUGCAAGUCCAACAUUAGAAACUUUUGUAAUUGAUGUUAGGUUCGAUGUGUCACAAUAUGAUGUUACAGACCAUGCUGCUCCUCCAAAAGUAAUCUCUUCCCGGGGUGGUAGGAAAGAAUAUGGAGUGCCUCUUGCUGCUCCUCCAAAGGAAUCAUUCAACCAUUUAUCCCCGAUUAAAGGUUCGUUUCCUGAUGUAGCCCCUGCACCACACAGCAGAGCUGUGAAGCAUUCUACUAAAGCACCUACUCCUUCCAAGUCAUCUCUGCAGCCCCCUACCUGGAAAUGGUUUCAGAGUCCCGUAUCUCCACCUUCAGUAUCAUUACAUAGGCAUCAUCGCGCCGAGAAUAGAUCUCACACUACUAUUCUUGCACCGUCAUAUCUUCCAGCUCCUCCUACUUCUUACUGGCUAGGUCCAGUUAUUCCUCAAGCUCCUUCAAGUGUUCCUAUAAUUCCUCCAAAGAUGAGUAGACAAAGGCAUCAUAGUCCGCCAUCCUUCACUCCAGUUCCUUCUGGCUCAGUGGUCAAAUCUCCAUCUCAUUCAACAGUGGAGUCAGGCGCUCCUGGACCUAUGCCAUCACCAACAGUUCCAUCUAGUCGAACUGAAAGGCCUCUUCUUCCCCCUAAAGUUGCUCCUUUGGGUCCUUCCCCAAGAAAGCCAUUGAUGCCAAUUCCUUCCCCAGUUCAAUCACUACCACCUCCACCUCCUAACCAAGAUUGUACAUCAGUGACAUGCACAGAGCCAUUAACAAAUACCCCUCCAGGAUCCCCAUGUGGAUGUGUUUGGCCGAUACAAGUUGGACUGCGCCUUAGUGUUGCCUUGUACACCUUCUUUCCUUUGGUUUCGGAGUUGGCUGAAGAAUUAGCAUCUGGGGUUUUCAUGAAACAAAGUCAAGUACGCAUAAUGGGAGCAAAUGCAGCCAACCAGCAGCCAGAGAAGACCAUUGUCCUCAUUGAUCUGGUACCGCUUGGGGAAAAUUUUGAUAAUACGACAGCAUCUUUGACUUACAAGAAGUUCUGGCAUAAGCAGGUUGCUAUAAAGACUUCCUUUUUUGGUGAUUACGAAGUGUUGUAUGUACGCUAUCCAGGUCUUCCUCCCUCUCCACCUUUGGCAUCCUCAAGCAUUGACACUAUGGAUACUGGGCCAUACUCUGGCCGUGACAAUAAUGGAAGGACAAUAAAGCCUUUGGGAGUUGAUGUGAGGAGGAGACGUAAAGAAGGACUUGGUGGGAGCACGAUUGCUAUCAUAGUCAUUUCAUCUUUCAUAGUCAUGGUUUUAUGUAUUGUAGCGGCUUGGCUGCUGUUGUUGAAAUGUUAUGACCAUUCUAGUCAACUGGCACCAACUCUUCCGACUUUAGUACCUUCCUUUGCAAGACCACCAGGGGCUCCUGGAUCUCUGUUGUUUGGAAGCGGACCCAGUUCAGUAUCACUUUCCUUUGGAUCUAGCAUUGCAACAUAUACAGGAUCUGCCAAGUCCUUUAGUGCAUCUGAAAUAGAGAGAGCCACUGAUAACUUCAAUCCUUCAAGAAUACUUGGAGAAGGGGGCUUUGGGCUUGUCUACAUGGGUAUCCUUGAUGACGGGAUCAAUGUGGCUGUAAAAGUUCUGAAAAGAGCUGAUCAGCAGGGUGGCCGGGAGUUCUUGGCAGAGGUUGAGAUGCUUAGCCGUCUGCAUCACAGGAACUUGGUCAAACUAAUUGGUAUAUGCACAGAAGAUAAUAUCCGCUGUCUGGUUUAUGAACUCAUUCCAAAUGGCAGUGUGGAGUCCCAUUUACAUGGAGUUGACAAAGAAGCUGCUCCACUUGAUUGGGUUGCCCGUAUGAAGAUUGCUCUUGGCGCAGCUAGAGGUCUAGCCUACCUGCAUGAAGACUCAAGCCCCCGUGUUAUUCAUCGGGAUUUCAAGUCCAGCAACAUCUUGUUGGAACAUGAUUUUACCCCUAAAGUGUCUGAUUUUGGAUUGGCUAGAACAGCUUUGGAUGAGGGCAACAAACACAUUUCAACACGUGUUAUGGGCACUUUCGGUUAUGUGGCUCCUGAGUAUGCAAUGACUGGACAUCUUCUUGUAAAGAGUGACGUUUACAGUUAUGGUGUAGUGCUUCUCGAGCUCCUAACAGGAAGAAAACCAGUGGAUAUGUCACAGCCACAAGGCCAAGAGAAUCUGGUAGCUUGGGCUCGUCCACUCCUCACAAGCAAGGAGGGCUUAGAAAUUAUUAUUGAUCCUGCUCUAGGGUCUAGUGUCCCCUUUGAUAGUGUGGCCAAGGUAGCUGCAAUUGCUUCCAUGUGCGUGCAACCAGAAGUCUCACACCGUCCUUUUAUGGGUGAGGUGGUACAGGCCUUGAAGCUGGUAUGCAACGAGUGCGAUGAGACAAAGGAAAUGGGAACAGAAAGUUGUAGCCAAGAGGAUUUGUCCAUUGUUAUGGAUACAAGAAUCAGUAUUGGCUAUGGUCAGCUUCCGGAGCCUUCACAAAACCAAUACCCCAUUUCGGACCAUGAUUCCAUCUUGGAAGCCCGAACAGCACUAUCAGCUUCAGAUGUGUUCAGUACAUCAGCGGGAAUUGGGAUGCAGUAUUCAGGAUCUUUUAGGAGGUACUCAAGUUCGGGUCCUCUGAGGACAGGGAGGAGUAGGAAGUUCUGGCAAAGAUUAAGAGGAUUAUCUAGAGGCAGUGUGAGUGAGCAUGGAGUUGCAUACAGGUUCUGGACAGGAUCCCAUUGAGUUUUUCAAGGACCCACCUGAUGUUCACAAUUUUGUGACAUGAUUCAGUUUAAGAUCCAUGCCAAUCCAUAUGGCAAUUCCAUAAAAGGUCCAAGAUGCAUGGCUGGGUCAUGAGUUGUAAAGAUCAUCUUCCAAAGCUAUUGCUGCUGCACGAAAUUAAGAAGUACAUCAGUUGUGAUAACAGAAUCUCAGCAUCCUCUCCUGCCCAUGUCCUGACUAAUGCAAUUUUUUGCUAGUGUGGGGUUCAUAUGGAAACCUAAAUCGAGUGUACCAUUGUGUGGUCUAUAUUUGGGGAAAACCUUCCCUUAUCUUGAUUCAUGAGGGAGAGCAACAGCUGUGUCGGCAACCCUGAUGGCAUGGUGGUUACAAAAUGGGAGAGCAGAAAUAUUUCCGUGACCACCCAAAUCCUUCAUCAAGAGUGGAGAGAUAAGGCUGUUGUAACUGAAGUGCAUGAAGGAUGCAUUUUUUUUAAAUUUUCGAAUGA